AUGUCCAAGCGAGAUUACUACGAAGUACUAGGCAUCAAUCGAGACGCCUCAGACGAAGAGCUGAAGAAAGCUUACCGUCGCUUGGCGAUGAAGUUCCAUCCGGACCGCAAUUCCGACGAUCCAGAUUCAGACGAUAAGUUUAAAGAAGCCUCAGAGGCCUACGAAAUUCUUUCUGAGCGUGAAAAACGGCGGGCAUAUGAUCAGUUCGGUCAUGCCGGCGUCGAUCCGAAUCAGGGUGGUGGCCAGGGCUUUGAAGGCAACUUUGGCGACAUUUUUGGUGAUGUCUUUGGAGACAUCUUUGGCGGGGGCCGUGGUGGCCGUAGCGCCAACGGUAUGUCCCGUGGUUCGGAUUUGCGCUACAACAUGCAGCUUGAUCUGGAACAGGCUGUCAGCGGCGAUACUGUGGAAGUGCGUAUUCCUGUGCUCACCACCUGCGAAGAUUGUGAUGGCAGUGGCGCAGCCCCAGGCACCACGCCAAGUACCUGUCCUGAUUGUCAGGGCGCCGGCCAGAUUCGCGUCUCUCAAGGUUUCUUCUCGCUGCAACAAACCUGCCCACGGUGUCGUGGCCAGGGCCGCAUAGUCAGCGAUCCCUGUCGCAAAUGCAGCGGUGCCGGACGGGCAGAAAAGCGUAAAACGCUGUCUGUGAAAGUACCUGCCGGGGUGGACACGGGCGAUCGCAUUCGUCUCAGCGGCGAAGGCGAAGCAGGCAUGAACGGUGGCCCGCCGGGAGACCUUUAUGUACAGAUAGACGUGCGCGAACAUGCCAUCUUUUCCCGUGAUGGGCGCAACCUCUAUUGUGAAGUGCCGAUAUCAAUUGUUGAUGCGGCCCUCGGUGGAGAGCUUGAAGUCCCCACCCUCGAUGGUCGGGUAAAACUCAAGAUUCCCACGGAAACCCAGACCGGUAAGAUUUUCAGGUUACGUGGCAAAGGCGUGACCCCGGUGCGUGGCGGCGGGGUCGGUGACCUCUUGUGUAAGGUGGUGGUGGAAACGCCGGUAAAACUGACCGAUCGCCAGAAAGAACUGCUGCAGGAGCUGAAAGCGCUGACAGAAAGUAGUGAUCUGCAAUUAGGCGCCGCCUUUGAACACGCUUCCAGCACAGCUCUGGGAGCGGAUGCAGGUGAACUCGCAGGUGUAGGCGCGCUGGGCAUUGUGAUUUCACCUUUUGCGCAAGCCAAGCCUGAAGAUUUUGAGGUGGUGAUAGAUUUCACCGCACCCCAGGCGACGCUGAGUCUGGCUGAGUUCUGCAGUCGAGAGGGCAAAGCCAUGGUGAUCGGCACCACCGGCUUUACCGAUGCCGAACUCAAGCAACUUGAGCGCGCGGCUGACCAGGUGCCUCUGUUCAUGUCCCCUAAUAUGAGUGUCGGGGUGAAUCUCACCUUUAAACUGAUUGAGAUGGCUGCACGCGCGCUGGGUGAUGACGUUGAUGUUGAAGUGAUCGAAGCCCACCACCGACACAAAGUGGAUGCGCCUUCAGGCACCGCGGUGCACAUGGGUAAGGUGUUGGCGGAAGCUUUAGAUCGUGACCUUGAAAAAGAUGCCAUCUAUGGGCGUCAGGGCAUUACCGGCGCCCGCGAACGUAACACCAUUGGGUUUUCGACAAUCCGUGGCGGCGAUGUUGUGGGUGAACAUACGGUUAUGUUUAUUGGUGAUGGAGAGCGGCUGGAAAUUACCCAUCGGGCUUCGAGUCGGAUGAAUUUUGCCCUGGGUGCGUUACGUGCAGUGCGGCAUAUUCACAACAAAGCGCCGGGUAAAUACUCGAUGCAGACACUUUUAGACAUCUGA